UAACGGCAUGGAUUCCACACCCCACCUGGAAUCCCAAAUCUCAUAAACCCAAGAUUCGCAAUUCACUUCACAAAACACAAAAAUUCUCCAGGAAACAGAAACACAUGAAACACUCUCUUUUUUUAUUUUCUUUUUUUAUUUAUGAUUCCGUUUUCUUGUUUUUGACGACUCCUAAUAAUAUAAUUGUUAUCCGCUAACGCCCCAACUUAAUUCUAAACCCUAAAUCGUUUACGCAUUUCUGCUUGAAGAAAUCAGAGGAAAACAAACGCCAAUUGUUUCUUGAAAUUAAUCUUUUUUGGUUUUGGUUUAGGUUCUUAGUAUGCAUAGAUCUGGAGCUGCGAUGGCUUGGAAUGUGUUUAAGUUCUGUACGGCCUUGCGGGGUCUGGGUUCGAUCAUGAUCUUGUUGGUUCUUGGGGUCGUUGGUGUCACCUAUUACGCUGUUGUUUUGACCAAUUAUGGCCCCGCUUUGUACGUCGGAGGGCUUGGUUCUGUCACUGCUCUGGCUGUAUUGCUCUUGUUUCAUUGUUUGUUGGUGAUGCUAUUGUGGAGUUAUUUUUCAGUUGUUUUGACUGAUCCGGGUAGUGUGCCACCUAAUUGGAGGCCUACUAUUGAUGAGGAGAGGGGAGAGGCUGACCCGUUAAAUGGGUCAGAAUUCAGUGGUGUGCAGUCUGACCCAUCAAAUCAAAGAAUCCGAUACUGUCGGAAGUGCAACCAGCUGAAGCCACCCCGAUGCCAUCAUUGUUCCGUUUGUGGACGGUGCAUAUUAAAGAUGGACCAUCAUUGUGUAUGGGUUGUUAAUUGCGUUGGGGCAUUGAAUUAUAAGUAUUUUCUUCUCUUCUUGUUCUACACAUUUCUUGAAACAACUCUUGUGACACUAUCGCUACUUCCACAUUUUAUAGCAUUCUUCAGCGAAGGAGAAAUUCCUGGGACACCAGGAACCCUUGCAACUACCUUUCUUGCCUUUGUUUUGAAUCUGGCAUUUGCAUUGAGUGUGCUGGGCUUUCUGAUCAUGCACAUAUCUUUGGUGGCUGCUAAUACCACAACUAUUGAGGCAUAUGAGAAGAAGACCACUCCAAAAUGGCGUUAUGACCUUGGUCGAAAGAAGAACUUUGAACAGGUUUUUGGGACAGAUCAGCGAUAUUGGUUCAUACCUGCUUAUUCGGAUGAAGAUUUACGCCGGAUGCCAGCACUUCAGGGUCUUGACUAUCCAUCGAAGCCUGACUUUGAUUCUCAAGAUUUCUAAAAACUUCCACAAUGCUAGGAAACUGGAACUUUUCUUUGGAGCAUUAGAUAUGGAGCCCUGCAAAAUGUUCCUUUACAUCCUAACUGAAACAGUUCGCGGCCAAUUUGGGCUUCUAACCAUUCAUUCCCACAGAUGUCUGCUUGUAGAAAUAAACAUGAAAGAUAAGAGGCGAGUAGCGGGGUACUUUAUGAAGGAGCAGAUCAGGGGAAGUAACAUUAGUGUUGCUGAAGGAUAGCUUUGACGAGCUGAUGUUUAUUUCAUGUUCUAAUUAUAUGUUUGAAAUGUGGGAAGUAUAAGAUUAGAAUGCAACUUUUUUAAUCUGGUGGCAUGCUGAUGGUUUUUGUUUUUGUUUUUUUUUUUUUUUUUUUUUAAUCUCCCCCUGUAAGGUUGAUAAGAUUGGAAUUUUAGGAUGCAACUCACUGGGGCAUUUGCUUCCAGUGGAGUUUGAUCAAUCUGUAUACAGUGCUUGUAUGUCCAUUGGAAAUAGAGUUGAUCGAUCUUGUGUACUAUACUUGUAUGUCCAUUGGCUAAUACAGUUGAUCAAAUUUUGUGUACGA